CUACUGCGUCCUUUCCCCUCCCCCACCGCCCGCCCCUCCUCUUGGCCCUCGGCAGCGCAGCCUCUCCCGCGCCCAGCCCCCCUGGACUGAGCCCCCAGCCGAGCCCUCCUCCUCUCCAGACGGCGCCGACAGCCUGUGGGAGCUGUAGCUGUAUCACCAGCCGGGAGAGAGAGAGAGAGAGAGAGGCCCUGCCGCACUGCUAUCUGCUCGCACCCCUGCACCCACACCCCCUCCGCUCACAUCCCCGUCCCUUAGCUCCCUCCCCGUCCCCGGAAUGUCGGCUCUGGAGUGGUACGCGCACAAGUCCCUGGGCGACGGCAUCUUCUGGAUCCAGGAGCGCUUCUUCGAGUCCGGCAACCGCGCCAACAUCUGGCUGGUGCGCGGCACGGAGCAGGACGUGGUGAUCGACACCGGGCUGGGGCUUCGAAGCCUGCCCGAGUACCUGUACUCGGCCGGCCUACUGCAGGACCCGGACAAAGGGGAGGACUUGGUGCGGCGGCCGCUGCUGGCCGUGGCCACCCAUGUCCACUUUGACCACGCCGGCGGGCUCUACCAGUUUGACCAGGUAGCGGUGCACCGGGCCGAGGCGGACGCCCUGGCCCGCGGGGACAACUUUGAGACUGCGACCUGGCUGUCGGAGAGCGAGGUGGUGCGGGCUCCGAGCCCCGGCUGGAACGCCAGGCAGUUUCGAGUGCAGGCGGUGCAGCCCACCCACAUCCUGCAGGAGGGGGAUGUGAUCAGCCUUGGUGACAGACAGCUGACUGUUAUGCACAUGCCUGGUCACUCCAGGGGAAGCAUCUGCUUACUCGACAAAGAUCGGAAGAUUCUGUUCAGUGGAGAUGUUGUAUAUGAUGGAGCAAUGAUUGACUGGCUUCCAUACAGCCGAAUCAGUGAUUAUGUUGUUACCUGUGAGCGUCUGAUAGAAUUGGUGGACAGUGGUGUGGUAGAGAAGGUGCUUCCUGGGCACUUCAACACCUUUGGAGCUGAAAGGCUGUAUCGCUUGGCUUCCAACUAUAUUUCAAAAGCUGGCUUGUGUCACAAAGUUUCAACCUGUGCCAUGAGAUCUCUUGCAAGUUUAGCUCUGCGUUUAACCACCUCUAGGACCCCAUCCUAGUUUGUAUGUAUUGGUUUAUCAUGUAAUUGAUACUUUUAAAACCAAGCAGUUUUGUGGUUAAUAUAAUUGAUUGUGAUCAUUUCAAGAAGUGCUUUCUCAAUAUUAAGGGGGAGGGGGGACAGAUUUGAGAAGGAAUAAGCCAAAAGAGGGAGAUUUCUUAUUUUAACUUAUUUACUUUCCACCAAAUAAUUAUAAUAAGCCUCUGAAAGAAGCUAAUAGCUUGCCAAAGCUGUUGCCUUUUAAAUGUUUGUGGGUUUUUGUUUUGUUUUGUUUUUGGUCAUUGAAACUGUGGGAUGGUUGCAUGGGGAAGGCAUUUUGGAGAAAAGGAGAGUUAUCCAUACCUGCUUUUGGAAACUCUCAUUUUAUUUCUUAUGUGCAUUAAAGUAAGUUUUGUUUUGGGUUUGUUUUUUUUUGUGCCCCAACCCUGACAUCUUCAGUAUUAUAUUUAAAUUGAAAGAUGAAACUUCUUCAGUUUAAAAUCCAUUUGAACUCAAUGUGAAACAUAUAAUAUAUCUAUCUAUAUGAAACUGAAACAUUUCACUACUGUAGGGGCUGGAUUCGUGUGUGCCAUGAUUUAUUUAUUCUUUGUGCAACUUAUUAAUGAAAUAGUCACUGUCUGUGGUGUGUUUAUUUUAUUUAUUUAAAAAUAGCAAAGUGCAUUUGGGUUUGAUGCAAGGCUUUUAUAAAACAAAUGCUUCAUUAAAAAGGCUGAAAACAUUGUUACAGUGGAGGUGUUGUAUUUUCCAAAUAAUGAAGUUUUAAAGUGUGCAUAUUUAACUGCAAAUGUUUAGAUUUCUUGAAAGGACACCGUCAGGUAUACUUAAAAGUAUAUAUGAUUUGAAAUGUGUUCCUUCUGGUCUGGAAGGAAAAGUGAAAACAGGUCUCUAGAGCAUGUCUUUGGGCAACACUUCAUAUGAAAUCAACUUUGUGACUCUUAAAAAAUUUGUAUAAUCUUGAAACAAACAGAUAUUUUACUUGGUCCUUUGUCUUAUGUUACAUUAAAGUGCUUACCAAAUUAAUUUCAAGGUGUACGUUAGAUAGUACUCUUUCCCUGAUUCACAGAACUGAUUCUUGUCCGAUGGAUUUUGAACCACCUAUAACCUUUGGCUGAAAUGGAAAGAUCCCAUUUUCACCAUCUACUCUAAACAAAAGCUGGACUAGUAUUUACUGAUGAAUAUUGGUUUAGCAUACGGGGAGCAUGUGUGUGUGUCUGGAGAAAUUUAAAAGAAUUUUUGUGAACUGUUAUUACUGCCUUUCUAGUCCUCGCAUUUCUGAAUUCAAACUGAGACAGUAAGAUGAAACUCAGUUUUAGGAGUGCUGGAGGAGAGUUUCUGAAACAGUGUAAAACUUUCUCCUUCCCUAGAAAUUCUCCAUAUUCAUGCAUUUAAACAGAAUUUAAGCAUCUACCAUAAGCACAGCAUAUGUGUGCCAGGCAACAUGGAGAAAUGUAAUGGGAGUUCAAGAUGGGGUUCCUGCCCUCACAGAACUCAUAACUGAGUUAGAGCAAACAUACAACAGAGAGUAGGAUAGCAAUGCAAAGGUAAGGAUAACAAUUAGUAUACAUAAAUACUGAGAAACAGAACAAGCAAGUAAUGUUUAUAGGGUGAGGUUAGCCAGAUCUGGAAAGCUUAUGAGGAGAGAUGAAUAAUGAGCCAGAUUUUGAAGGAAGGGAUGGUUGUAGUUUGGUAAAUUACUUUACAUCAGACAUCCCCUAUUAAACAGGUGUAAUAGAAAAUUUUCGGUAUAUUCAAUAUUCCUGAUUAUUGGGGGAGUAAUAAGAGGCAGUAAUACUGCUUUAUGGAAGAGCCUAUAAAAUGAAUUUUUUUCUGCCCUGUUUUCCUGUAGCCAUAUGAAUAAUUAAAGGCAAGGAAAUUAGAGGGUUCAAGGCUAUAUACAACUCUUAUUGUGGUUUCCAUGUUCUCACUAACCACCCACACAGAGCAAUAAUGCUCAUAAUCUGGAAUCAAAGAAACCAGACAGUUGUGUGAGUACGUACAAAUAAAGAUUCUGUCUGUACUGUGGGAUCUCUUCCAAGCUCAGCUCUUUGUGUAAGAAGGAUCAAGUCCAAAUCUAAAUUGACCUUUCUUGCAAUUGACUCUACAAAUUAAAACUAAGUAAUUUUGUAGUCUUUAAAAAUAACUCAGUGUCAUCAAAAAAAUUUUAAUAUAAAAAAGUGAAGAUAUCAUUGGACCUUUGUCCGAGUGAUCGGUUUUUAAGACAGCUUUUCUGUUAGAUUGGACUUUGAAGCUUAUAUAUGAAUAUUAAAAAUCUCAACAUUGUAUUAAGAAUUAUUGUGGUAUUAUUGGAGGCAUCAUGAACAAAAUUAUUAGAUAGCUUUAGAGAGAGCUGAUAUUUUUACAUUGGUCAUAAAAAUAGUAAACUCCAAACUCUUAAAUUACUUAAGACCCUAUUAGCUAAUAGGGUCUGAAAUAAUGUAUUAUUUUCCCUUGAAGAAUUAGAGGUUUUAGGUUUACACUUAUUUGUAAUGGGAAUGUCCAAUAUUCUUUAGGGAGUGAGGGUGCUUAUUUGGUAGAAGAAUAUAGUUUGAAAACAUUUAAAUUGAUGUAUUUUAAGCAACAUUACUCAAGAUUGUAUUACUCUACUGCUGUUGAAACUUGUGAAAAGUCUGGCUAAUGGCCAGCUCUGUGGAACAAACUUGACAGUGUAUUUUUACUCUCCUUGAUAUGGAAUGUGCCAAGAGUAAAACAGAUGAAGAAACCCAAAGCAUUUUCCUAAUUUUUAUUACUUUUUAAUAUGUAUAUUUUUCACCCUGACAGUGACCCUUUAAUGUUGACAUAAUUUAAUACUUUAAAAAAAUGUUGAAUUGUAAGUUGUAAAAAUUGAAAAUAAUUAGAAAUCACUCUACUCUUUAAAUUGGUAGUGCUGUGUCUUUGGUAAUCCAGUUUCUUUACUUUUUUUUCCAUGUUAAAAAAAAAGCUAAAGAAACUUUGAUCUCUUUUUUCCAUCAACUGUAAACUAUACAUAAUUGAUGUUAAAGUAAAAGUGUUAAUCAUCUUUGUUCUUGGAUGUAAUCUGAAUGUAAUAUUCUCAGACUGUCUGCUUGUAGUUUUCAGAUGAGUGUAAUUUAAAGCAUAUAAUAAAUAUUUAAAGGGAUAUAGUA